AAAAAUGUCUGACAAACCCCUCUCUUCUUUAAAAGUCGUUGAGUUGCGUGAAGAGCUUUCUAAGCGUAACUUGCCUACAAAAGGCAAGAAAGACGAGCUCAUUAGUCGUUUAACAGAAGCCUUGGAAGCCGAAAAGAACCAAGUCGCCGAUAAACCUAUAGAAGAAACCACCCAAAAACCAACAGACGAAACAGGAGAUAAAACAAUAGAAAAAAUAACCGAAGCACCAGUAGAAGAAAAGACAGCUAAAACACCAGAAAAGAGUGUCACUACGCAACCAGUUGAAGAACCUAAGCCAGAGGUUACCGAGGAACCAGAAUCAAGUAAUGCUGAAGAAACAGGUCCCAUGAUCACUGAGCAAGCAAAGCCAGACAGUGAAGAACAAACCAAACAAAAAGAAGAACAAGAAACAAAAGAGCCAAUCUCCGGAGAUCAAGCGAUACCCAAUGAAAUUGACAUGGAAACAGAUUCUAAUAGCAAUAAACGAAAGCGUGCAUCCGAUGCCGAAGAAAAUGCUAAUGAUGAAGAGAAGCGAAUCAAAGUCGAUAGAGUCGAAGCAUCAAAUGCUACUGCAGUGUAUGCAAAGGGGUUUAUUCGACCACUUAUUAUUCGCCAUGUACAAGAAUUGUUCUCAAAAUAUGGUACAAUAAAGCGAUUCUGGAUGGAUAUGAUCAAGACACAUUGUUAUGUUAUUUAUGAGAAUGAAGAAGAAGCAAAAGCAGCUAAUGACAACAUCAAUGGCAUUGUCUUCCCUGCAGACACAGGCAAAAAAUUAACUGUGGACUAUUUGACAUACGUCCAAGCGGAAAAGUUAAUUGAACAUGAACAAAGUGCGGCUGAAAAAAGGGUCAAAGUAGAUUGGGAAUCAUGCAUCACAAAAAUUAAAGCAGGCGAAGAUGUUAUUUCAUCAACAACUACAGAAAGUGGAAAGAAAUCUCGCUCUAUUGGCAUUGGUCAAGUUGCAAGACAAUUAGCCCAAGCUGCUGAACCCACUGUUACACAAUCCACAAGGGAAAUUCAGAUUGAGAGAAAAGAAAAGCCUCGUGAUCUUUCAUUGGACGAAUUGUUCAGAAAGACCAAAGCUCUUCCUCAUCUUUACUACCUUCCCAAUUCUGAUCAAGAAGCCAAGAUCAAAUUAGAGAAACUUCAACAAAUUUAAUAAAUUCUUCCGAAAAUGGAAUCUGACGGUCAC